UUUAUGUGUGGGAGGUUUCUCUCUGCACCUCAGCUGAGCAGCGUCUCCUGUUUCAAAGCGGAACAUAAGUUGACUUUGAGCCAGGGUUCGUGUUUCCACACGGACGAUUUAUCUCGACUAUCGUCAUUACGUAGCGGAGAUGGCAGCACUCCGAACGGCACUCCAUGGACGACUUGUUCAGGCCCUCCCCUUCUCCUUCGGCUCGCUGCGGUUUGCCAGCUCCUUUAAGGCCACAGAUCUCGUCAUCGAACGCAACCAAGUAUGCAAUCCCAAGCCGGAUCCCUCCACCCUGGUUUUCGGGAAACAGUUCUCCGACCACAUGCUGACCAUCACCUGGUCGGAGAAGGAGGGCUGGGAGGCUCCUCAGAUAAAACCUUUCCAGAACCUGUCGCUGCACCCGGCCAGCUCCGCCCUGCACUACUCCAUAGAGCUGUUCGAAGGCAUGAAGGCGUUCCGUGGAGUCGACAACCACAUCCGUCUGUUCAGACCCAUGCUGAACAUGGACAGGAUGCAUCGGAGCGCCGACAGAAGCUGCCUGCCCUUGUUUGAUAAAAUGGAGCUGUUGGAGUGCAUCAAGAAGCUGGUGGAGGUCGACCAGGAGUGGGUUCCCUACUCCCAGAACGCCAGCCUGUACAUCAGACCCACCUUCAUAGGAAUCGAGCCGUCUCUUGGCGUUACCCGAGCAGGAAAAGCGAUGAUCUUUGUCAUCGUUGGCCCCGUGGGGCCGUACUUUGCCACCGGCUCCUUCAACCCCGUGUCUCUGCUGGCCGACCCGUCAUUCGUCAGGGCUUGGCAAGGAGGCGUCGGGGCAUACAAGAUGGGAGGUAACUACGGUCCCACGAUAGCCGUGCAGAACGAGGCGGUGAAGCGAGGCUGCCAGCAGGUGCUGUGGCUGUACGGCGAGCAGGAGGAGAUCACGGAGGUCGGCACCAUGAACCUCUUCAUCUAUUGGACCAACGACAACGGAGAGAAAGAGUUGAUGACCCCCCCUCUGGACGGUAUCAUUCUCCCAGGAGUCACCAGACAGUCUCUGCUGGACCUGGCCAGAGACUGGGGUGAGUUCAAGGUGACGGAGCGCUCGAUGGGGAUGAAGGAGCUGCUGGGGGCUCUGGAAGCCAAGAGGAUUAUCGAGGUGUUUGGAGCGGGGACGGCGUGCGUCGUCUGUCCUGUCGGCAGCCUCCUCUACAGAGGAGAGACGUUCCAGAUUCCGACCAUGCAGAACGGCCCUGACCUGGCAAAAAAGUUCCACAAAGAGCUGACUGAUAUUCAGUACGGACGCAAAUCCAGUGACUGGGCACCACUGGUCGUCUAAACGGCCACAUUGCACAUGGCCGUUUUUAUCAACAGUUAAUCCCAUAAAUUCCAGUUUGGAUGACCAGCAGCCGCCCCCCUCCCCCCCCCCGCCCCCCUCUCCUCUCUCAGCACACUAAUGCACUCCUGCUUACUCACCAGCCGAGGAAACGACGCCCCUCUCUCUCUCUCUCUCUCUCUCUCGGUCUGCUCGGGCACUUAGUCCACGUGAUGCUUUCCAUGUGGACUCUCAUAGGAAGACGGUUUGUGGUUGAACGUUAACAGCUUGCUCUGGAUAAAAGCGGCAUUAACAGUAAUAUGCAACGUUUUAACUUGAACAGGAAAAACAAACUGUCACGGGAAGGACGAAGAUAGAUUUGUGUGUGUGUGUUCCAGGUGACUUACUUCAGUGCAUUCAGUUCUCUUAUCAGCAUUAUUAACCGGAGUGUCACCUGGAUUAUUCCACUUUGGUUAGUGCUCAGAAGUUAAAAAAAAAGCACAAUCAUCUCUUUGCUAAUAAUAAAGAAACGCACAAACUGACAGAAGUAGAGCAACCGCAUAUUUGGUGCGUAGGACUUAAUGUAGCUGCACUCUGUAAGGUACUGUUUCUCUUUCACUAAUAUAUCACCGUGUUUUCACAGCAGGAAAAAUCCGAUAACAAUAACCUGUGCUGUUUAGAGCAACCUGUGGUGUUUCCUCCCAAACCCCUUUUUAGCUGUUACGUGCGAGUAGGACCUUUAAACGCAUCAUAGGAUCGUUAAAUGUUACUGUCGUGUACAAACUGCCCCGAGAGUACGGCCGUAGUCACAACGGGGGCCACGUCACAUGAGAGUUCGCACUGACCUCGGUUACUGAUUCAGUUCAUCUUUUUUUUCUUUUCUUUUUUUUUAAAAAGGAAGCGUGAGCAGUUUUAUCGGGUUUCGAGAGUAAAGACUUGGGACUGCACACAAAAACAAAAGAUUGAGAUUAAAAAAAAAAAAAAAAAAAAGGUGUACGUGAACCUCGGCACGCACAAAUGGUAGCCUCCACGCUGUAGAGGAAUAGGACCGUUCCACGCUGGCAGUGACUCCUGCACUAGUUUGAGUGUAAUCCGAUGUUUCGUAAACACGUAGAUUGUUCUUUUAGGUUUUGAAAUUUGAUCUCUUUGUUUUCCUUUUUUUGUGAUGUGAAAAUUAGGCCUGAUUUGUCUUCCACAGUACUACUCUGCAUCGUGAGCUUCCUUUGCUGGUGUGUUUCCACUCUUUGAAUGUAUUGUUGUUUUUACAUAUACUAUAGGACUGUCCCGUCUCUGUCUAAGUGCCUGACCUCACUUUGUUUGCUAGUUCAUCUGUGGAUCUUCAGCUGCUGUUGUGUGUUUCCAGUUUGUGCACUAGGAGAUAGAGCUGGAUUCUUUGAGUAAUGUCAGUUUAGUUUCUUUUUUCUCUCUUUUUUUUUUUUUUUUUUUUUUUUAAAGUGCUGUUACUUUUACUCUGCUGUUACAUUUUUACAAUAAAUCUGAGCUGAGUUCA